AUGCCUGCAUCCUUCUACAACAUCGAUAACAUGUCUGAAACUCCAAAAGAAUCUAGCACCCGUCCAUCGUACGGCCACAUCAGGCCAAACUCCUUCAAUGCAACACUCAAAGAGAAUCCAGAUAUCCUGCUUGACAAGAUGUUGCGCUCCGGCGGUAUCAUGAUCGGCGAGACCGACGACGAAGGUCAGCAACUCACACCACAACAAGCCUUGAAGCAGAUUCUGGAUGACCCUCGAUGGACGCGUCGUAUGCUUGAGGACUGGUUCAAGAAGGGACCUCCAUCGAGGACUAGACCAGUCGCCUUUUCGCCUGAUCCUGAGUUCAGAGCAUUGUACCUGGUCAUACUGAGCAAGCUGGAAGAGCAGAGCAAGGAGAAGUCGACAUUGGAUAUAGCGACUGUGCCUGUGGAAGGGCCACGGACACGGGCUGAAGAAGAGGCUGCUGACCGAGAUCUGAUUAGACGUACGGGGGAACACUUUAGGAAGCAACAAGAAAGCAGGAAUUUGUAUUGA